AUGUCCAUGCACAACGGCUCAUAUUCCGAUCCUGCUGCCCAAAUGGCAACGGAUGCAAACUUUGACAGUUUUAUCGAAUCAGAUCUAAUCUUGGACAGUGAACAUGCAUCAUCUGAAAUUAUCACUACGCCAAGCAAGAAGAAAGGUGCGGUGGGUAAGAGCGGUAAAGGUAAAAAAGUAACACCGCUCUCAGCUUUACCAUCAAAAUUAUCAUCAGCAAACGUUGAGCGACAUACCACUCCCAACACACCUGGUGCUGCUAUGAAUGAAUUCAUCAACUUCUCACAAGCUUCUGAUUCAACAGUCACCACACCAACGACUUCAAAUUCGUCAAGUCUACACAAUCUCAGCUUCGAUUUGUAUGAUGGUAGCGAUGGUGCGGCAUCUGUGCCGGGAGGAAACGAUGUCACUUCACCAGAGGCGGACAUGAGCAAUGUUGCUACUCCUUCCGCAACUAGCUCAAAUACGCAAUUCUUCGGAAUCCCUCACAACGGCGAUCGUACAAUGUCUGACGUAGUAUCGAUGAAUGCGCCAAUGUCCAAUCUUCACUAUGGCAUGCAUCAUAUGUCUGACGGUGUAACCCCAUUCCAAAGCUUUAUGGGUGGUCCUCCAAUGCCACCCUUGCAACAGCGAUCUGUUGAUGAUAUGGGACAUCAAUUCGGUCAUCAGAACCUCGUCCACCAUCACGGACAUCACCAAAGAUCUAUGAGCUUACGUGAUAUGGCAUCAACCAUGCAAGCUGGCAUUCAAGCCUUCACACCACAGGCACUGGCAAGCUUUGGCUAUCCAGGAGUAGAGGUGAAGAUGGAACAUGAAAUGUCUAAUGGUAUGCCAGCCUAUCCAAUGCCUGCAAUGCCAAUGGCAGAUCCCACAAAUGUACCAGGACAGGAUGGCAAUGAAGACAAACCUCGUUGUGAGAAGAAGAGAAGGCUGACGAAUGGUAGCAGCGCAGAUGGCAAAGACAGCACCGGGAAAGGAGCAAAAGGUGGAAAUGCCAAGAAAGCGGCCAACAAUUCUCGUAAGCGCUCCAAUACAUCUACGAGCAAAGGUGCCUCAGCAAAGUCCAAGAGUGAAGCCGAUCAAAAGUUGGUUCAAGAGGAGAAUAGACAAAUCUCUGCAAACAGUCUCAUCGAGAGCGUACCACAAAUGGAAGCGGAGAAUGAAUCUUUGAGCGCUGCUGCGGACACUUCUUUAGCAGAUGUUACAUCAAAUGAGCAAAGUGAAGAGCCGGAAGAUGACAAGCCAAAGAAGAAGACGGGAACCAAAAGACCGCCACCGUCUGCUUUCCAAAUCACAGAAGCAGGUAUGCCUUUCCCUGUCAUUGAUACUUCUGCCAAACAUUCUUCGCUCUUUGUUCCUCCAGACACUUCGGGUUUGACAAAGAGAGAAGCACGCUUGGUCAAAAAUCGUGCGGCAGCUUUCCUUUCUCGUCAAAGAAAGCGUGAGCAGUUCGAGGAGUUGGAGAUCAAAUGCAGGAACCUUUGUAGACUGGUAUGGUUGCUGUAUGAGACUGGCUCUGGUAGUUUCGGAAAUAAGAACAGGAAUGCCUUUGGAUCUCAAGAUGAGUUUGCAAACUUUAUCUCGCAACAAGAAGGUGAAGAAGUUCAAGAGAUUUUCAACACCGUUUUGGCAUUGAAAGGUGGAAGUAUUGCUCCUACCGAAGAUGGUCAAUUGCAAGGUGCAGUUGCUGCGGGAAUCAAGAGUGAAAACGGCAAACUUGUUGGUGAUGCAUCUGCUGUUGUUCACAUUCCUUCUAGUGCUGCCAAAGCAGCAGAAGAAGCUUCGAAAGAAUUGGCAAGACUUCGCUGCGAGCUCGAAGAACAACAAAAGCGUGAAGCAGCUUUGCAUGCCGAAUUGGCUCACGAGCGUGGCUUACGUCUGAAGAUGGAAUUUGACAUGCUUCAACGCGAAGAAGAGAUGAAACCGUUCCGUGGCGGUGGUCAACAAGAUUUAUCACUCACUCAACCCGCGACAUUUGAUGAUGAAGAUGAUAACGAAGACGAAGAAGGUGAUAUUACAUUGAAGGAUGAUGCACACGACAGCGGACGAAGUGGAUCCAACGGCAAGAAGAAAGCUGGCUCUUCAUCCUCAAUGCGCCCAUCACGCGCUUCUCGUCGAAUUCAAGGUCAAUCACAAAACGCUCUCACGGUGCAAUCGCAAAAUGCAAAUACUGCUGUUGGCCAAAGAAAGGCAGCUGGUGCGGCACUGAUGAUGGUCUUGUUCAGCUUUGCCUUGUUUGGUUUGCCAGGAGGUCAGACAGGACGUGUUGGUGGCAUUUCUCAUGCACCCGGAUCUUCAGACUUGUAUCCUCUUGGCCGUGUAUUGGGAGCACCUCUUUCAGGUUCACACCUGACUGCCGAAGAGGAUGAAGAAGGUUCGGAUAAUGAUCGAAAUGGUCACUUGCCGCCAUCUUCACAUCUUUCGGUUGAUGAUCUGUUCCCUGCUAUGCAUGAUAUCAUGAGCGAAGCCCACCAGGAGAAGCAACCUUCCGGUAGCAAGAAGUCGAAUUUCAAUUUCGAUUACAAGUCUUUCGCUAAAGAUCUUGAAAGCAGCUUGGACUGGGAUAUGCAACGUGGCUUCCUCGUUCUUGGAGGCGAUGAUGAAGAUGGCGAAUCGAAAGAUGGAUCCCGUCAAGCCGGAUCACGUUCGCCAAAGAGUCGCAAUUCGAUGGAGAUUGACGGCCAAGAUUCCGAAGCUGAUGUCAAGGAUGCCCCUACCAAGCUGACCCUCUUCGUUCCUGCUCCAGAUAUGUCUGUCAACUCUGAAGCUGGAUCCGUUGCAGAUGCAAGCGAAGAUCGAUUUUACGAUGCACCACUUGCUGACUUUGAUGAAAGAUCAAAUGGUGAAAGUGUUUCAGAACAACAACGUGAACUUACGCAAGCCGAAGCAACAAGAGCAGCAUUGCAAGUCUUGCGUAAUCAUCGUGUUGCCAGUGAAGCUGCCGCAUUUGCAGCUUCACGAAGAUUAGGCAGACAGCCAUCACCAUCACAACGGGUAGGAUCACCAAGCGUACAACAACAAAGCUCAGCUUCUUCAUCGAACAAGAAGGCGCCUAAGAAGGCAAAUGUACAACGCGGAAAGGCUUCCCAAAUUCAAGGUCAAUCAGAAGAGAACGAGGAAGAUGAGGAAGAAGACUUUAGCAAUGAAGUAUUGGAAGCUUCUAGUCCUGCUACCGAUCGAAUUCGCGGUACAGACUUUUAUCAAUUAGAAUUUAGUCUAAGCGGUGCAAAAGUUCGAAAUGUAGCCGAAUUGGCUCGUUUGUUGGGCUCAAUGCGAGGCGGAAAAGGUGAUGCAAGUGAUCACAUCAAGGUGGCAUAA